UUUCAUUCUAAAAGAAUCAUUUUUAUCCCUAUCACAAGUUUCAUCGUCCUCUUUUUCAAAACGUGGUCUCAUGCUUUAGUUAAAGUACAGUAAUCAAAAUCCCCCAUGCCCCACUUCCAAGCAAUGUAAGAUUCUUCUUCCCAUCUAAAUUUGUUUAGUACUAUCAAUGGAUACAUGUUAACGGUGUACUGAAAGAACCAGAAAAAAGCCUUCUUUAGUAGUAACCUGUAAUCUGUACUAAUAAUGGCUGAAGAAAUAAAAAUUUCAAUCCCCCAGGAGGCAAACUCACAUUUCUCAGGUGGACCUCAUGAGUGGCUAGCAUUCAUCAUCACUGAAGGGCAGAUCAAGACUGGUAACAGCCAAAUGCAAGUGCCACAGAUUCCAAAGGUUCCACGUUUGCUUCGACAGAUUCAAUCAAACCAGAAAUGCUAUGACCCCUCUCUGGUCUCCAUUGGUCCUUAUCACCAUGGAAAGCCUGAACUCAGGGAUAUGGAGAAGCUCAAGGUUACAUUUACGAGCAAGUUCGUUGAUGAUAGUGGAAUAUGCAUUGAAGAUUUUUACUGCAAGGUGGCAGAGGUGGCAAUCGACGCUAGAAGAUGCUAUGCUGAGGAUUCGACAGAUGAGUUUGAUGAUGAGAAAUUCACUCAGAUAAUGUUUCUUGAUGGUUGCUUCAUUCUCCAGUUUAUUUUCUUCCUCUUGCGCAGGCCGGAAGAUCUAAAGAUGCCUGGUCAUCAGGUAGUUCUGGUUAAAAGGGACUUGUUACUGCUAGAGAACCAACUCCCUUUCCAAGUCAUCUGGUCAUUGAUGAAUUUGAGGUUCGGAAAAGGAGAAGAAGGAGGAGGUAAUAAAUUGAUCAACGAUUUCAUCAGGCACAUUCGUGCACUUCCUCCUCAACAAGAGUCAUUCAAGGAAAUGAUAAAGAAGUUUGCUGGCAAAUGUAUUUGGAAACAACCUCAAAAAACGUGGGGAAAUAAAGAAACAGAAGAGCAUCAGCCUGUCCAUCUCCUUGGACUUCUACAUACCGAUCACAUCAACAAAGAAGCCUGCAGCCAUUGCUCUACAAGAAGCUGUGACUGGUACUCAUACCGUUCUUCCAAGGACCUUAGAAAAGUGGGGAUUCGCUUCAGGCCAAACUGGACUAACGCUUACUCAGAUGUGGAGUUCAAAUCAUCAGUCCGUGGUAGCAGACUAAUACUUCCGCCAAUAACCAUAGAAGAGUCAUUCAAGUCCGUGCUCUUAAACUUGAUAGCCUAUGAAACAUGCUGUGAUGCAUCUGGUGAACUUUGGGUCACUUCUUACGCAUGCUUCCUGGAUUCGUUGAUUCAAGAUGUCGAAGACGUGAAGGUGCUGCAAUCAGAGGGUGUUCUCAAUAUAUUUGUUCGUGAACAGGAGGUCGCUGAUCUCUUCAAUCAGAUGUCUCGAAACCUGGUGCCCAACCCUUACGCUUAUAGUGAUGUGAAAAGGCAAAUUGAACUGGACCGCAAGAGCAUCAUCAAGAAAUGGGUAGCUGAGUGGCUGCAUGACUAUUUUAGCAGUCCUUGGAGCUUUAUUGCACUUGUUGCUGCAACUUUUACCAUUGUAUUAACUGUCAUUCAGAGCUAUGUCGCUAUAUUCCCUCUCAAUAAUAAUGGUAAUUGUGGCUAAGUGUUAAUCUCCAUCAAGUGAUUCAAGCACUUGACAUCCUAAACAUCAACUGUGCCUCUGUGUGUAUCUUUCUCUCUAUGACAGUCUGAAGUAUUAAUUUGGCGUUGUGUAUCUUUGUUCUUCAUUUCAUCUCCUUGUAAAAUAAACUCCCUUUUCUCAA